AUGGGAAACAAAGGUAUUAAAUUAUUUUAGUAUUAGAGAAAACUUAAAUUUUACAUGUUGGAGUAUUGAUUACUUCCUGUUCGUAGCAAAACAAGUCAACCGGACUUUUUAAUCACCUGAAUGAGUACGAAGUUAUAUUUAGAUUAACCAUUGACGUAUGUAGUAAUCUCCCAAUAUAAUUUACAUAAAAGGUUAAACAUUAUUUUGAACUAGGCUUUGAUAUACCUGUUUGAAAACUUUGAAGGAAUAAAACUCGACAGUUUAGAGCAAUGUCGCAGCCACAAAACUACGGGGAACCUCCACCUCCAUAUGCUCCCUACGGUGGUGGCGGAGGUGGCGCGUACCCACCUCCUCAACAAGGUUACCCACAUCCACACGGAGGAUACCCACAGAACUACCCCGGUGGGUAUCCACAGAAUCAACAGCCUGGGGGCUACGCACAGCCAGGUUACGGUCAACAGCCAGGUUACGGUCAACAGCCUGGCUACGGUCAACAACCCGGGGGAUAUCCAUACGGAUACGGACAGACAGUUGUUGUAACUCAGCCUAACACAGUACAGCAACCACAAAGAAGCCGAGACAAAGACCGCUCCACUGAAUGUUGUUUACUGGCCGCGUUAGCGAUAGUGUGUUGUUGCUGUCUCAUGGACUAGGUACCAAGAAAACGGAAAGGUUAUUGUGGUGUCUCUAACAUCUUCAGUGAAAAUACAUUGUCUGUUUCCUCUUUUGUGAAAUAGAUUUGAACAAGGAAACAACUGUAACAACAAUUUGGUAACAUUUAUGGAGACGACAAUGAUAAAAAUAUCAGCACUAAUAUUUAAUCCAAAAAGGCCAAGAAUAUAUAUUUCACAUGGUGCUUUUUACUUUAAAUGCCACUUUGAUCUGAUUUUGUUUUUGCAAAUAUAAACUUUUUUUUUAAGUUUAAUUGUUUUCAUUUGUAUUGUUAUAUCAAUUUUAAGUAAUCGUUUAUGUAUUUAUCUUUCCUUUUGAUAUGUUCGAUAAUUAAACAUUUACUUGAUCGAUUACCAAAAAUCAUUUGCUUAAAAAUGAAAUUGCAAACUGCUUUCAGACGAACUUAUUUUUCACAAUUACAAUGAACAGUUCCUUUAUUUUGUGUUUUGCUACCCUGAAAAUUAAACUGAAAACAACAACGACAACAACAACAACAAAAAACAACAUAAGUAUUCUUUUUCAGUUGUUAAGAAUCAUAUAGUUUUUGGUUUGAUACAUAUUUCAUAUCUUUAUAUAUUUGUUUUUCUUUCAUUUUAGUUGAAAACGAAAUCCGUUCACGACAAUGUAUUUUUGUUUUAUUUCCUCCCAUUGUUUUCUUGAAGAUCUAUACUUAUUUAGAACUGGUAGAAUCUUUCAUUAGUUGUAAGAGUAGAGUCAUGGUUGAAACGAUUUAGUAAUGUUUUAGCAUGUGUCAAAUUUAGACCAAAUUUGUCCAUGUCUGUGUUCUUUGAUGUUACAGAUGGAGUAAAACAAGGCGAUCUAUUAUCUCCCAUAUUAUUUACACUGUUAACUGUUAUCUUUGUACUUACGUAUUAUUUGCUAUUGCUGUUGUUAUUCUUUCUACAGAUCUCUCUUAACUGGGUGAUAUAAUGCUAUAAAAAGCGAAUGUCGUUUGUGUAAACAAUGUAGCCGUUCUCGUCUGUUGUAAGAUAUUGAUGUUCGCAAUGGCUGUUUUGGGCCAGUUUCACGACCUUGAUUAAAUUAAGUCUCGCAUAUGCUGUCGGCAUAAGGGAGACUAUUUGUAGUUUAAUAUUGUCAAAUACUUGAGAGAUGCUAAGAAGUUUUGAACUGACACCUUGUUGCAAAGACUGUUUCUUAAUGUGUAAAUAAAUAUAUGUUCACCAAUAUAAUUGCUUAUUGUACAUAUACAUUUGCCCUUUUUUAUUAUAUUGUUAAAGUUUAGCCGAUUUGCUAGAAAUAGAAUUUAAACUAUUGUGUUCGCUUUAUUGUUUGUCACCAUUCCAAUUGUCGUGUAUACAUUUGCUAGUAACUCUUGAUUUUUGCAUCCGAUUAAAUGAGAGAGACGAAUUACUAACCAAACUAGAAAACUCUUAUUUCAUCAUUUAAUAAAUUGACUAUCCACGAUUAGCGGGAAAACAACGUAUAAGUGGUAACACUGUCUUUAUACGAAACUAUGACACGUGAGCCCUCGCCCCUCCAAAUGAAAUACUUACUUUAGGGUAGGAGUCCUGUGUAUGAGCGUUUUAUAUCUGCAGCGUCUUCUGUUCCUUGCACUACCCUCCUGCUAAAGUUUGCAACUUCCCUGACACCAGCUAAAGCGGAAUCGUAUUAAAGUUAAAGGACCGAAAAUAUAACAGCAAUGAGGUUAGUACAGGAAGAGUAUAUACAGCCGCCACACGGCAGUUACACACUGCUCUCAUGGUUAAUAAAGUCUUGAGAAGAGGUACAUAAUUAUGUUGAUGUAUAUAAACUAUUUAUUAUAUUUCGGUUUUUGUAAAAAAAAAAAAAAAAAAAAAAAAACUCAAGCCCGCCCACUUAGCUCAAUAGAGAGAGCGCAGAUCUACGGAUCGUAGGGUCGUGAGUUCUUGAGUUCUCCGUGACAAUUUCAUAAAAGACAUUGUGUCUGAAAUCAUUUGUCCUCCACCUCUGAUUCAUAUGGGGAAGUUGGCAUUUACUUGCGGAGAACAGGUUUGUACUGGUACAGAAUCCAGGAACACUGGUUUUAUAGAUAAACUGCCCGCCGUUACGUCACUGAAAUACUGUUGAAAACGGCGUUAAACCCAAAACAAACAAACAAACAAAGUUGAAUGUUCCUAAGUAACUUUGUUUCAUAGCACUUCAGACACUGCACAAUUUAUAUUCAUUUACAAUAUUCCAGUCUUAUUACAAGUAAAACUGUAAUAUACUUAUCUACAUUCUAUAAACCAUAUUAUUUGGCCUGACUACUUUGUCAUGUUUUUCUUUGGUUUAAUAAGGCAUAAUUAUUUCUGUUUUUGUUUGUUAAUAAUUUGCAAACAUUUUUUCACAACUUCUGACUACAAUGGAAGAAAUAACCAUUUUGUAAGUGAAAUAUUUCCAAUAUAUUACAGUAAUUAUUUUGAAAAAUGUCCAUUAUUGAAACAUAACAAUGAACAGACAACAAAGAUACGUCGCAUUUUCAUACUAAUCCAUAGAUACAAUAGGUUUGGAUCUCAGUUUAGUUUCAAUGUGUUACCAUAUAAAAUAUUACAAGUUCAGACUGUCUGAAAUUUCGGAAUUUACUUAUUACAAUUAAAAUUGGAUUGUAAAUACCAUUUUUAUUCUGAAAUAGUUUUAUACAUUUCUACACGGACAUAAUAAUUUUCACGAAAACUGUUACAAGUGGAUAAAUAAUUUUUCCAUAUGCGAAAUAUUUCACAUAAUCCAAAUAUAAAGAUUUUUUUAUUCCAUGUACAUGAAACCGAUGUUUAUUGGACUGCAGAAUCAAUUAAUUAACAUACAAAUGGAGCCCGUAUCGUACAAUGAUAACAAUUUUGAUGUAAACAUACGUGUUACAUUAUAUACUCUUACCAUUUCUUGAUUUUUUCUUGCAAUAAAAGACAAAACUGUGAAAGUAUUACAUACUCAUGAUAUACAGAGAGUUUCUGCUGUGUUAAAAAGUUGUAUUUUAUCAUGUCACGCAAGCUUGAAGACUUCGUGCAACUGAUCUCUCGCGAUUCUACAGCACGAGAUAAUAUUGAUAUUGGAAGUUACGUAACUUGGUUACGGAGACGGAGUACUCUGCUGAAGACUGUCGACACUUCUGCAGUUAUAGAGAUAAUACGUCAGUGCAAAUAUAUGACCGCAUCCAGGGAUGACAUUAUUUUCCAGCAAGGGCUGGCCCGUCAACAGAGUAAUCCAUUGAAAUUCUUUAUUCUUCUGCGCGGCUCAGUGUCAAUUUUCGUCAAUCCAUUCCUGACAGAAGGGAAGUUGCGACGCAGGUCAACCAGUUCAUUGGAGAGAGUAUUGACGGCCGUCUCAUCACAAGCAAGACUUUUGGGGACACCAAAAUCAGCAUCUUCGAAGAGAACCGCACAUUCGCGCAUGUCUCAACCGUACGCGACACUCACAGAACAGCCGGAAACAGAUGUAAGUGAUGUGGAAUCUGAUGGAAGCGAGACAAAGGAAAAAUCUGACGAAAAUGUCCCUACUGAAGCUAAUCAAACACCAAGUGCUACAUCUACCCCUAUAGAUGUUGUAGCCCAAAGUCAGAUUCUCCCCCCUGAUUCGAGUCCACAUUCGCGAGCGUCGAAACGUUCCCGGAAAUCCACACCACGGGCUAAACUCGGAAAAUUUGUAGUGAAAUGUGGCAAGUGUUUAUCUUUCACAACUAGAACAUCUGUGCAACAUUCUUGGUCGUAUUUCAUAAUCAGUUUGUAUGCAUUUAAAUGAAUUCAUGCUUGACUUUAAAACUGAAUGACAGAAUAAUUAUAGUUCAUAUAAUUCAAUGGCACAUUAUUGGUUUAAACAAAAUAAUUUCCAUUUGAAAUAAGCAGAAAUUUAUUUUCGAUUUUUUUUUUAUUUUCAGAAAAGGGGAAACAUUUUGAUGAAGAGUCGCUGCUGAAUGAUAACGGACAAUAUAAUGCGUCUGUCAUAGCGGAUGAGAUGUUAGAUAUAAUGGUUAUUGACAAUGACACCUUUGACAAUUAUAUCAGGGAGCACCAUGAGAAGGAGGUGAUAAACAUGUCAAACUUUGUUGACAUUCAUCCGUUUUUUAGUAAACUUCCGCCUCAGUCACGUGGCAUGCUGCAGAUAAGUUUGAAGAGCCAACAUUUUCUUGCGGGUUCACAUAUUGUUAAACAGGGAGAUGCUGUAAAUAGACUGAUAUUCCUCAUAAGUGGGAGUGCAGAGGUGAUCAUCGAGCCAGGUAAACAUCGUUACCAGUAUCCGGAGUUAUGGCCCUUUGAAACCAGUUCAGACGUUUACUAUAACGAAUGCGAAUGGCUUCGUGAAUCAAGGAGACGCGUGUACCGACGGAAGUACGAGUAUGCAGGAGAAGUGUCAAGACGGACCCUUCAUAAAAAGAGCAAGGCCAAGCGGACGGAAAUUAGUGUAUGUGCCGUACAGAACCGAGAAAUAAUAGGCAUUACGGAAAUUAUACUUGAUCUUCCAACAUAUACUAGUAGUCUCAGGUGCCUACAUGACUGUGAAGUGUAUACGCUUCAUCUCAAACCCUUUAGGAGGCUGAUAAAGAGAAAACACCCUGAAGUAAUGGAUUUGAUAAGAGCGUAUGUUCUGAUGAAACUUAAGUUCCGGUUGGACAACAGUAUUGGUGAUCAAGUACCGUUGAUAAGAAGUCUUUACAAUAAAGUUGAAAGUCUUGUUAGGGAACAGUCAUCUAAAGGAGUUACUACAAAAAGCAAUGAAAAACUGAAAGAAAAGGAGAAGGAAAUGCUCAGACUGUUGGAAUGGUUCAAACUAGGUAAAGCCCCUCUGGUGAAAGACCUUGACGUACAUGUUAUAAAGUGGAUGGAAGACAUGAAAGAAAAGGCAAACGUAAGAAAAAGCGUACGUGAAAGAACGAAAGUAUUCGGAGAACCCCAAAAUGAAUUUACUCGCCAUGGUUGUGCAGCUGCAGUGAAGACAAAGAGAGACCCGAUGAGUUUGCAUAAGCUUCGAGACCCAAUGAACGAACUGAUGUUGAAGUUGAGAAUGGAGGGGACUCUGGUUGCUGAUGAGAAGGAGCUGGAAAACUUGAUACUUAGACUCUCAGUGACUCCAGUUGACGAUUUAAUCGAUAUCAGAACACAAGCUAGUAGAAUUACAGACGAGGAAUAUCGGUUGCUUAGAUACCGCCGUUAUGGUAACCGGCUUGUCAGGAAUUUUGUGAAAAUGGUGGAAAGGCGGGACCCGCGACAUCUUCUUGGUACUCGGGAAAAAACAGUUAUAUCUUCAGCUUUGUUUGAUGAAGCAAUAUCAGAAGAAGAUGAAGACGAGGAUAAUCAGUUUUCAGUGUAUUACGACGAUGAAUCCAGAGUAUAUGAUGAGCUUAACAAUGUCAGUGCACCAACACGCUCUACAACGUAUAUCAGUGCUCGUACACGCCCUACAACGUAUAAAAGCAAGACAACAACAGACACGUACAAAUCUCUGCAGUUUGACCGACGAAGUGUGACACCAGGCACGCUAAACAUGCGUAUAAAAGAUUUUCACUCAAAGUUAGGUGGUACAGAGUCUGAGAUCACUCACCUACCUCGGAUGAAAAAUCACAGAGAUGUUGAGUUUGAUGAAGAAAAAGAACCAAUUCGUGGAGGAAAGGUAUUUGUUACUACAGUACCAUGUGUCUCGUGCAGGAAAAAUGUUCAUUUGAAGAACCAUACGCACGUGCGUUGUCAAAUGAUGCACACGUUACCAGUGAAUAAAGUGAAAGGAUACAGAGAAUAUGAACGCCUAUAAUGUCUGUAGUGUUCAGACGUUGAAGUGACAGCGAGUAACACCAAACUUAAACGAGAAUUAUCAAUGUCUCCAGGAUCCGGGUACCGCACCACCGUACCACCGUACCACCGUACCACCGCACCACCUUACCACCGUACAUGAAAAAGGAUGAAAUAUAAUUUCAAUUUGUAGACAAACCUUUCAAACAAUUCCGAUGUGAAACAAAAUACAGAGGAAAUUCUGAGACGAUUUUUUAAAAAAAAUUGUAACGACACAGGCCGUAAAUAUAAUGAGGUUAUGGAAUUUGUCUUUCAAGUGGUAACGAGUUUUCCUGGUACUCUGGGUCAUAGGACUAGAAUUAUUUAAAAAUGUAACACAAUAUGUAUUAUUUCGUUUGGCCAAUAUACAAAUUAAAGAAACUAUACACAGAAAACAAUGAAUUAUUGGGUUUGUUAGUGGCCCUCCACGGAAAUAUGUGGGGGUCAGUAGGAUAAAUGGGUGGAGAUGCAUUGGUUAAGUCCCCUUAUUUAUCCUACCGAGUCACCAUAUUUAUCCUACUGAUCCCACUUAUUUCCAUGGAGGGCUACCAACAAACCAUAUAAUUGCUUUCUUAUCGACAUUUAUUUUCAACCUAAAACGACACAGAAACCUACCGGCUAGGGGUUCACCACUUGACCACAGUUUAUCAAAUGAAAAUGCUAGAACCUCAUGGAAAACAAACUAUAUUAACCCAGCAUGUAAACCUAUAUCUAGCCUGUAAACCUAUGUCUAGCCUGUAAACCUGUAUCUAGUCUGUAAACCUGUUUCCAGCCUGUAAACCUAUAUCUAGCCUGUAAACCUGUAUCUAACCUGUAAACAUAUAUCUUGCCUGUAAACCUAUAUCUAGCCUGUAAACCUAUAUCUAGCCUGUAAAUCUAUGUCUAAUCAGUAAACCUAUAUCCUAUAUCUAGCCUGUAAACCUAUAUCUAACCUGUAAACCUAUAUCUAGCCUGUAAAUCUAUGUCUAGCCUGUAAACCUAUAUACUAUAUCUAGCCUGUAAACCUAUGUCUAGCCUGUAAACCUAUCUGUAGCUUGUAAACAAUGUCUAGCCUGUAAACCAAUAUCUAACCUGUAAACCUGUAUCUAGCCUGUAAACCUAUAUCUAGCCUGUAAACCUGUAUCUAGCCUGUAAACUUAUAUCUAGCCUGUAAAUCUAUAUAUAGUCUUAGCCUGUAAACCUGUAUCUAGCCUGUAAACCUAUAUCUAGCCUGUAAACCUGUAAACCUAUGUCUAGCCUGUAAACCUGUAUCUAGCCUGUAAACCUAUAUCUAGCCUGUAAACCUGUAUCUAACCUGAAAACCUAUGUCUAGCCUGUAAACCUGUAUCUAGCCUGUAAACCUGUUUCCAGCCUGUAAACCUAUAUCUAGCCUGUAAACCUGUAUCUAACCUGUAAACAUAUAUCUAGCCUGUAAACCUAUAUCAAGCCUUAGCCUGUAAACCUGUAUCUAGCCUGUAAACCUGUAUCUAACCUGUAAACCUAUAUCUAGCUUGUAAACCUAUAUCUAGCCUGUAAACCUGUAUCCAACCUGUAAACGUAUAUCUAGCCUUUAAGCCUGUAACUAGCCUGUAAACCUAUAUCUAGCCUGUAAACCUGUAUCUAGCCUGUGUACCUAUAUCUAGCCUGUAAACCUAUAUCUAGCCUGUUUACCUGUAUCUAGCCUGUAAACCUGUAUCUAGCCUGUAAACCUAUAUCUAGCCUUAGCCUGUAAACCUGUAUCUAGCCUGUAAACUUAUACCCAGCCUGUAAACCUAUAUCUAGCCUGUAAACCUGUAUCUAACCUGUAAACCUAUAUCUAGCCUAUAAACUUAUACCCAGCCUUUAAACCUAUAUCUAGCCUUUAAACCUGUAUCUAGCCUGUAAACUUGUAUCUAACCUGUAAACCUAUAUCUAGCCUAUAAACCUAUAUCUAGCCUGUAAACCUGUAUCUAGCCUGUACACCUAUAUCUAGCCUGUAAACCUAUAUCUAGCCUGUAAACCUAUAUCUAACCUGUAAACCUGUAUCUAGCCUGUAAACCUAUAUCUAGCCUGUAAACCUGUAUCUAACCUGUAAACCUAUAUCUAACCUGUAAACCUGUAUCUAGCCUGUACACCUGUAUCUAACCUGUAAACCUAUAUCUAGCAUGUAAACCUAUACCCAGCCUGUAAACCUAUAUCUAACCUAUAAACCUAUAUCUAGCCUGUAAACCUAUAUCUAGCCACAGUUGAACUGCUGUCAUAAGUACAUUGUAUAGAUAUGGUUCUGCCCUUUACAAGUCUGACUAAGGCCGACGACAUCUAUCCGUUUUUUACCACUGGUUAAAUAGAACAGACACUAACAUCCGCUUUUUUAGCUCACCUGUCACAUAGUGACAAGGUGAGCUUUUGUGAUCACGCAGCGUCCGUCGUCCGUCCGUGCGUGCGUCCGUCCGUCCGUAAACUCUUGCUUGUGACCACUCUAGAGGUCACAUUUUUUGUGGGAUCUUUAUGAAAAUUGGUCAGAAUGUUUAUCUUGAUGAUAUCUAGGUCAAGUUUGAAACUGGGUCACGUGCGGUUAAAAACUAGGUCAGUAGGUCUAAAAAUAGAAAAACCUCGUGACCUCUCUAGAGGCCAUAUAUUUCACAAGAUCUUCAUGAAAAUUAGUGAGAAUGUUUAUCUUGAUGAUAUCUAGGUCAAGUUUGAAACUAGGUCACGUGUCGUCAAAAACUAGAUCAGUAGGUCUAAAAAUAGAAAAACCUUGUGACCUCUGUAGAGGCCAUAUAUUUCAAGAGAUCUUCAUGAAAAUUGGUCAGAACGUUCAUCUUGAUGAUAUCUAAGUCAGGUUCUAAACUGGGUCACGUGCCUUUAAAAACUAGGUCAGUAGGUCAAAUAAUAGAAAAACCUUGUGACCUCUCUAGAGGCCAUAUUUUUCAAGAUAUCUGUAAGAAGGUUGGUCUGAAUGUUCACCUUGAUUAUAUCUAGGUCAAGUUCGAAACUGGGUCACGUGCGGUCAAAAACUAGGUCAGAAGGUCAGAUAAUAGAAAAACCUUGUGACCUCUCUAGAGGCCAUGUAUUUCAUGAGAUCUUUAGGAAAAUUGGUCAGAAUGUUCACCUUGAUGAUAUCUAGGUCAAGUUUGAAAGUCGGUCACGUGCCUUCAAAAACUAGGUCAAAUAAUAGAAAAACCUUGUGACCUCUCUAGAGGCGAUAUUUUUCAUGGGAUCUGUAUGAAAGUUGGUCUGAAUAUUCAUCUUGAUGAUAUCUAGACCAAGUUUGAAAGUGAGUCACGUACCUUCAGAAACUAGGUCAGUAGGUUAAAUAAUAGAAAAACCUUGUGACCUCUCUAAAGGCCAUAUUUUUCAUGGGAUCUGUAUGGAAAUUGGUCGGAUUAUUCAUCUUGAUGAUAUCUAGGUCAAGUUCGAAACAGGGUCAUGUGCGGUCAAAAACUAGGUCAGUAGGUCUAAAAAUAGAAAAACCUUGUGACCUCUCUAGAGGCCAUACUUUUGAACUGAUCUCCAUAAAAAUUGGUCUUAAUGUCCACCUUGAUGAUAUCUAAAUCGGAUUCGAAAAUGAAUCACGUGCCAUCAAAAAGUAGGUCAGUAGGUCAAAUAAUGUAAAAAACGUUGUGACCUCUCUAGAGGCCAUAUUUUUCAUGGGAUCUGUAUGAAAGUUGGUCUGAAUGUUUAUCUUGAUGAUGUAUAGGUCAGGUUUGAAACUGGGUCAACUGCAAUCAAAAACUAGGUCAGUAGGUCAAAUAAUAGAAAAACCUUGUGACCUCUCUAGAGGCCAUACCCUUGAAUGGAUCUUCAUGAAAAUUGGUCAGAAUGUUCACCUUGAUGAUAUCUAGUUUAAAUUUGAAACUGGGUCACGUGCCUUAAAAAACUAGGUCAGUAGGUCAAAUAAUAUAAAAAACCAUGUGACCUCUCUAGAGGCCAUACUUUUCAUGGGAUCUGUAUGAAAGUUGGUCUGAAUUUGAUGAUAUCUAGGUCAAGUUUGAAACUGGGUCAACUGCGGUCAGAAACUAGGUCAGUAGGUCUAAAAUUAUUCAAAUCUAUUGACCUCUCUAGAGGCCAUAUUUUUCAAUGGAUCUUCAUGAAAAUUGAUCUGAAUAUUCACCUUGACGAUAUCUAGAUCAAUUUUGAAACUGGGUCACGUGCGGUCAAAAACUAGGCCAGUAGGUAUAAAAAUAGAAAAACCUUGUGACCUCUUUAGAGGCCAUAUUUUUCAAGAGAUCUUCAUGAAAAUUAGUGAGAAUGUUCACCUUGAUGAUAUCUAGGUAAAAUUCAAAAUAGAUUCACGUACCUUUGAAAACUAGGUCAAUAGGUCAAAUAAUAGCAAAACCUUGUGACCACUCUAGAGACCAUAUUUUUCAAUGGAUCUUCAUGAAAAUUGGUCAGAAUUUUUAUCUUGAUAAUAUCUAGGUCAAGUUCAAAACUGGGUCACAUGAGCUCAAAAACUAGGCCACUAUAUCAAAUAAUAGGAAAAACGACGUCAUACUCAAAACUGGGUCAUGUGGGAAGAGGUGAGCGAUUCAGGACCAUCAUGGUCCUCUUGUUUAACAAGUAUUGACGAUAACAUAAAACUGCUGUUCUUGUCACAUUUCGAGGGUGUUUUAACAGCAGAGAAAACGUGUGUUUGCAGAGAGAUUCUCGCGCACACGUGCUGUUAAAAUACCUUUUUAUAUAUGCGCAUUCCGCAGCAAAGCGUAAACGUAUUACGACCCCAAAACGAAAUGACAUCAACGUGGAAAAAACUCGGACAUUCCCGUGCAUUUCAUGGAAAUUUCAUGUCGUUGAGGGGCCACGUAUAUGCAUUCAUUUAUUAGUUUUUACGCGUUUUAUGCUAGAAUAGCGUUAGCGCAUGUUCAUUUCGUGUGUUAACACCUUCAGAACACUACCCUCGAUUACCCAAAUAAUAAAAUGAAAAAUAAAGAAAAGAAACGAGAUAUAUCAAAAGCUUAAAAAGAAUGCCAGUCCGAAGGUCAAGCAACAUUAUAACAACUUUAUAAAUUAAGUCCGAAGAAACAUCAAAGUAUAUAGAACAUAUCCCGGAAUCCCAAACUUAUCAAAUAGAUUUAGAUGACCCGCAAACAGGCCAAAACUUUAGAAAUUGUUUUCCCUGACAGAAAAUGCUCAACAGGAUUCACAGGGUAUUUCUCCACUGUUAGAGAAUGGUGAACUCCAUACCGAUAGUAAAGAUAAAGCAGAUGUACUAAAAUGCCAGUUCCAAUUAGUAUUCACCAAUAUGUCACCUCUAAAAUUAGGUCAACUGUGUAAAAUGAAAGUCCAAACUCUCCUUAGCAAUGUCUUACCUCAAAGCUUUAAGUGUAAAUAUCCGAUAAUGCUAAACGUCAUUGUUGAUGUUAAGGGUGUCCAAAAAUUACUGUCAUCUCUAAAAACUGGCCGUGAUGAUUUGACUAAUUGUGCUUGAAAUUUUGUGUGUCCAAAUUGCUCUAGGCCUACUAGUUACCAAGUUAUUAAAAAACUCACUUGACACUGGUACCAUGCCAGCCGACUUGUCCAAAGCAAACGUCACUCCGCUUUUUAUACGCCCGAAGGGACGUAUUUUGUUAUGACGCUGGUGUCCGUCUGUCCGUCCGUCCGUCCGUUAGAAAUUUUGUGUCCGCUCUGUAACUCUUGAACCCCUUGAAGGAUUUCAAGGAAACUUGAUGCAAAUGUUCAUCACACCGAGACGACGUGCAGAGCGCAUGUUUUAGAUGUCUCACUUCAAGGUCAAGGUCACACUUAGGAGUCAAUGGUCAUAUCAGUUUGUUUCGUGUCCGCUCUGUAACUCUUGAACCCCUUGAAGGAUUUCACAGAAACUUGACACAAAUGUUCACCACACCAAGACAACGUGCAGAGUGCAUGUUCCGGACGACUCGCUUCAAAGUCAAGGUCACACUUAGGGGUCAAAAGUCAUAUCAGUUUGCUUCGUGUCCGCUCUGUAACUCUUGAACUGCUGGAAGGAUUUCAAAGAAACUUGGCAGAAAUGUUCACCACACUGAGACGAUGUGCAGAGUGCAUGUUCCGGAUGACUUGCUUCAAGGUCAAGGUCACACUUAAGGGUCAAAUGUCAUAUAUGACUUUGCUUUGUGUAUAUUGCUCUGCAUUGCUGUGCUCUUGUUUUUAUUUGGCAGAUCUCUUUUUUGUUCACUUACAAUAAUUUUUUUGAAUUACUUCCCUUUUAUGUUACUAUAAAUAGCUUAUUUUGAAACUUUUUAUUAUUGGCCGUAGGGAAAGACCGUGACCACUUUUCUGUGGUACAACAUGGAUGGUACCUCUAAUUUUUAGGUGUAUUUUUAUAUACCUUUACCUGGACUUAGACUUGUUUUUUGAAGUUUUCCUUUUGUUGUUCCACUCCUUUGGGCUACAACAGUCAAGUUCUUUAAAUUUUGCUCCCAUCCUAUGAUGUAAUCCUUCGGGCGUAUAUACCCCCGCUUGGCGGAGCUCUUGUUUAAAAAGGGGAAAAACGUAACCCUGUCAAUUAUCGGCCAAUUCCUUAACCGUGUGUUCCUUUUAAGUUACUAGAGCACAUUGUUGCAUCCAAUAUUACAAGGCAUUUCCAUGCCAACAAUAUUCUUUAUGAUUUACAGCACGGUUUAAGGGGAAAAAGUCAUGCAAAACACAGCUCCUUGAAAUAGUUGAAGAUGUAUCAAGGAAUUUAAUCCAAGGUCACCAAACAGACUUAGUAGUGUGGACUUCUCGAAAGCUUUCGAUAAGGUCAAACCAUCUUAAACUUUUUAAACGCGUCGUCAGAAAAUCUCAAUAUUUUGCCUUUUCGCGCUGUGGUGGUUUGCUUGUCGUGUUCUCAAUCUCUCCUUACCGCUCUGGAGCCCGUGACAAAGCGAAAAGACGACAACGCGCCAAAACCAGAAAUAUCGCCUUUUCGCCUUGGCGCCCGCGACAAAGAGAAAAGGCGACAACGCCCCAAAACGAAAAAUCCCGGCAGAAAUCCACCACCAUACGGUGCUCUAGUACGCUUGUAACUAUACUGUGGCAAACAAGUCUCUUUAUGUUAUAGGUAAACAUAUAAUAAACUUGUAAGCAUGUGGGAGAGCGGAAAAUUUGAUUGAUAGUGGUACUGGAAGCUGACGAUAGCCCUAAAUCACACAUGCCGGGGCUACUUUCACUCAAAGACAUCGCUCUUCCUUUUAUUAUCAUACUCAAAAAUACUUAAGAAAUAAUCUCAUCCGGCGAUUUGUCGUUGAAUAAAAUCAUUGUUUGGAGUUCAGAUGCGAAGGAAUUAUAUCGCGAGGGCGCCGCCAGAGUCAUAUAAUAAUACGCGUCUGAACGACAAACAAUGAUUUUAUUCAAGAGCAAAUCACUAAAUGAGAUAUAUUAUUUCGAUUCUAACACGUUACCAAGGAUUUUUAGUACAACCUUGACGACGUCCGUCAAAUAUCUGCCCAUUUUGAUGGUUUCUUUUUCAUCGCGCCGCUAUGUCGUUUGACGCUAUGGCGUAAUAAUUAUAACGUCAGAACAGUGAAUUGUUGCAAAAUAGCACACAACUUUCAGCCUUCUUUGUUUAAUUGGAAAAUGAAUCAAGUCGUGUUAGAAUCAUAUUGUUAUAUAUAUAGACUCCAUAUAUAUAUGGACCCCUAGAAGGCAACCUGGUAUUACCAAUUUUACUCGAUUAACUUUAAGAACUAUUUUGAGAACAUUACUCCUUGUUGAUAAGAAUCACUCUCUCUCUCUCUUCAAGUACUUCUAAAAACAAAUACACAUGUUGUAACAUCGAGCAAAAUACUAUAUUUCUUCAUAAAUAAAAAUAAUGAAACAGCAAACAGUGUUA